AUGUCCGAAGGUCCCCCGAAUGACCAGUUGUCCUCCCUUGAGGCCGACAGCCUUUCACGCGACUGCGUGAUUCGCACUGCCGACGGCGGCGAGUUCAGGGCCCACCGCGGCUUCCUGUGCUCGCUGAGCCCCGUCUUUCAGGCCCUCUUCUCCGUCGACUACGGGGGCCAGUGCGACGUCGUGCUGCACAACGUCACGGCUUCCACGAUGGACGCGCUGCUCGCUUACUAUUAUUCGAACAGGCUCGGUCUCAGUGAAGACAACGUGACCGACGUCUUCGCUGCAGCAGACAUGCUCCUCAUGGACGAGGCGCGCAACCUGUGCCUGCAGUACAUGCUGCGCAACCUGAGCAUCGAGAACUGCCUCGGCAUGGCCGCCUUGGCACAGUGGUACCACUGCCCAAACUUCAGCCGAGUAGUGCUCAGCUACGUGCGGGAGCACUUCGACCAGGUGUGGCGUACGAGUGACGAGUUCCCGGACGUCUCCGAAGCGCUGCUCGUCGAACUGCUUACCUCGAACGAGCUGAACGUACGCGACGAGGAGGACCUGCUGCACGCUAUUGUGCGCUGGUCCUCGUCUAGAAACGUCUGCGCGGAUGAGGCAGGUGCCGAUCUGUCCAGGCUUCUGCAGUCCGUCCGGGUCGGCCUCUGCAGGUCACUGGCGCUGGAAGACUUCUGCCGUUCGCAUCCGACGCUGGCGUGCAGCCGCGCCUACAACGAGGUUGUGUGGGAAGCUCAGCGGCAGGGCCCCUGCUUGUGCUCGCCCAGCCCGCUGCUUCUGGUGCAGUACGCUGCCCACCGAUGCCUGCAAGCGCAAGCGGCGAUCCCUUCUGACGAAGGCCACGGAGACAGCAACAACGGUGACAUCGCGGCCGCCGCUGCUCCCAGAAGACCGGCAUCGCUCCCGCAGCUUCAGUGCGAGAGCUGCGGCGUUGCGCGGAACCCCGAGCGAUGGCUGCCGCGCAUGCCGUACCAGAUGCUGUUCGUGGUGGGCGGCUGGAGCGAAGGCCGCGAGCGUGACACCAUCGAGACGUACGACGCCAGGGCCGGACGAUGGCUCAUGAAUCACAUGCAAGGAUUCAAGCCCAGUACAACGUUUCGCAGUAUUCACCAGAGUCGGCCAUACCAGCGGUCACCGUUUCGUUUUUGA